GUUUACUUUGCUCCAGAAACACACUGUGGAGUUCAACCAGGUGGCCAUGGCCAACUCUGAGGGCUCCGAGGUCAUGCUGAACCGCGUGAUGACCAAAGACAACAUCGGUGUGGCCGUCCUGCUCGAGGUCAACAAGGACAUGUUCUCCGAUGGCGUGAAGGUGCCACAGGAGAGGCAGCUGAUCCUGGUGGCCAACGCCCACAUGCACUGGGACCCCGAGUACUCGGAUGUCAAGUUGAUCCAAACCAUGAUGUUCCUGUCGGAGCUGAAGAGCAUCGCUGAAAGGGCUUCGAGCUCCAUGGCGACCGGCUCGCCCGCCUCCAACCCAUCCUCCAUCCCCAUCGUCCUGUGUGCUGACCUCAACUCGCUGCCCGACUCCGGUGUGGUGGAAUUCCUGAGCAACGGAGGAGUGGCCGACAACCACAAGGACUUCAAGGAGCUACGCUACAAUGAAUGUCUGACCAACUUCAACUGCAACGGCAAGAAUGGCAACUCAGACGGAAGCAUCACACACAGCUUCCAGCUGAAGAGCGCCUACGACAGCAAUCUGAUGCCUUACACCAACUACACAUAUGACUUUAAGGUACCGUCUGCCUGA